CAGAAAUAACUUUUAAAAUCUGGAGCUACCCGUAGUAUCAAUGUGCAAAGUUGCUUGUGUGUAAAAGGAUUUUCUUGUCUCUGUCACUAUCGUUUACGACGUUUACGUCAACAUGACAAUACUCAAGAAAUUGUUAAAGUUAAAUAAUUUGUCUAAUUCGUUUUAUCGAGCGGAUCGGACGGUGGUAAUAUUGCGAAGAUCGUUCAGCAGUAAUGGGACUUUUGACUAUGAUUUGGCGGUCAUUGGUGGUGGGUCCGGAGGACUGGCAUGUGCCAAGGAGGCUGUGAACCUCGGGGCGAAGGUGGCGGUCCUGGACUUUGUGACACCAUCGCCACUGGGAACAAAAUGGGGCCUGGGUGGCACAUGUGUCAACGUUGGAUGCAUACCAAAGAAGCUGAUGCAUCAGGCUGCAUUAUUAGGAGAAAGCAUUCAUGAAGCCGUGUCGUACGGCUGGCAAGUCCCAGACGUCAAUGCCGUCAAGAUCGACUGGAGCGCGCUCACAGAGUCCGUGCAGAACCACAUUAAGUCAGUCAACUGGGUCACCAGGGUGGACCUGCGCGAUAAGAAGAUCGAGUACAUCAAUGGACUGGGAGAAUUCAAGGACCCGCACACGCUAAUAGCGACGCUAAAGAAUGGGUCCAAGAAGGAGCUGACGGCCCGCAACGUGGUGAUCGCCGUGGGCGGCCGCCCGCACUACCCCGACAUGCCCGGCGGCCUGGAGUACUGCAUCAGCUCCGACGACAUCUUCAGCCUGGCGCAUCCGCCAGGCAAGACGCUGGUCGUUGGCGCUGGAUACAUCGGCCUCGAAUGCGCCGGCUUCCUCAACUCGCUCGGCUACUCGGCCACCGUGCUGGUGCGCUCCGUGCCUCUACGCGGCUUCGACCAGCAGAUGGCCGGUAUGGUUGUCGCCGAGAUGGAACAACGAGGAGUCACAUUCCAUCAUAGGACCAUCCCGCUGUCGGUUGAGAAGCUGGAGAACGGACAGCUGAAGGCGCGCUGGGUUAACACUCAGACUCAACAGGAGGGCGAGGAUGUUUUCGAUACGGUUCUCCUGGCCACCGGCCGCUACCCGCUCACCAAACAGCUCAACCUAGAAGCCGCUGGAAUCACUACACUAUCACCAAACGGCAAGAUCAUAGCCGAGACGGAACAAACCAACGUGCCGCACAUCUACGCCGUCGGCGACGUACUAGAAGGCCGUCCUGAGCUCACGCCCGUCGCCAUCCACGCAGGAAGACUGCUAGCCAGGAGAGUGUUCGGCAACGGCACGCAACACAUGGACUAUGAGAAUGUGGCCACCACUGUGUUCACGCCUUUAGAGUAUGGAUGUGUGGGGCUCAGCGAGGAAGCGGCUACGCAAAGACACGGCGCAGACAACAUCGAGGUGUACCACGCGUUCUACAAGCCCACAGAGUUCUUCAUCCCGCAGCGCAACAUCCGCAACUGCUACCUCAAGGCCGUGGCCUUACGCGAGGCGCCUCAGAGGAUCCUGGGACUGCACUUCGUUGGUCCUGUCGCUGGGGAGGUUAUUCAAGGCUUCGCUGCCGCCAUCAAAUGCGGCAUCACGAUGGAACAGCUGAUGAACACCGUAGGCAUCCACCCCACCGUGGCGGAGGAGUUCACGCGCCUCAACAUCACCAAGCGCUCCGGCCGCGACCCCAACCCCGCGUCCUGCUGCAGCUAGACACACCGCAGGUGCAGGCGAGGACCACGAGAGCGAUAUCGAUAUACAUCACAUUAUGUUCACACUCACUUUUAAUAGGCCAGUCCCAACUAUUUCAGUUAACACAUUCAGUGGUAGCGCGUCCUCCGCGCGUUGCCGAUAGCAUGGAACGAUGAGUAUAUAGCGAAAGGCACCUACGAAUAUCGAAUCCGUCUAUCCGGUCCCUGGACCUGAAUGUUUUAAAUACUAUGAAAUUUCCCAUACCUAUGAUAAUAUUUUGAAAACAAACAGUGAUAGACAUUUUGGUGCUCCGGAUCCGUGUCGAAAAUGGAUCAUACACAUGCACGCGAUCAAUAUGAAACAAUAAUAAAAUUGUCUCUUUUAGUCCCGAGAAUUAUGGAUUUAGAAAUCAAUUUUUUACAGAUGGGACGUGACUACUUGAACCCCAGGACUGACUAUGCAAUAUGUGUCCUAUUUACAAUGGUUUUCGAGAGUAAAAUAGACACAUUUGAUACUGCGUCUAUGUGUGGGCUAACAAAUAUCUAGUUUAAUGUAAAACAAAUAAGACCAAUAAUAGCGCUAUACAGUUCAAUUUAAAAUUUGUAGUAUCGAUAUCAAACAAAUAGACUUGUUAUGACCAUUUCAUUAUAGAUCGAAAUUUGUUAGCGCAGAAGUUUGGCGCGAUGUAUGUUAUAUUUAAUUAGCUAACGUUGGAUCCUAACAUUGAAUGUUAGAAUAAUGUUGUAACAUGAAUGAGGUAUAAUUGUUUUGGAUUAGGAUCUGUUUAGCACUUUCACAGUCUUUGUAAAAUCAUUUCUAUAAAAAUGUGUACGCACUGAAUGGUUUCAGACAUUUUAUUAUAGUGUAUAUUAAUUCUCACAUUAAUGAACAGACUGUGAAAGUGUUAGAAUAGUUCCUUGUUGACAGGGUUUCGGUUUGGGCUGCGCUACUUAUUACAUACAUUUGCUACUUAGACAAUACAUGCCAUAGGACAUUACUAUCUAAAAUUUCGACUCAUGGGAAAUAUGUAUAUCGCAAAUGAUAUUAUUGAUCUAAUCUACGCUCGAAUGAAUACCAUUGCGAAUAAAGUCUUGCCUUGUAAAAAGACAAUUAGGGUGUAUUUUUGAAUUUGAAUCGUGAACGGUCAAAACUCAAUUACACCCUGUAGCAAAAUUAAACUGAAAAAUAUAUUGUAGUUAGAAAACUUGCACAAUUAUUUAUUAUGAAAUGAAUUUAUCCAUUGUUUAGUGCAAUAUAACAUAAUUAAGAAGAUUCUACCUUAAAAUCUAAAUGGUAUGUAUCUUUUUCUUAUGCAGUGACUAUGGCACUUUUCCAAACCUGUGUUUUGACAAUAGUUUGGCUUUAUGGAAUAUCCUACUAGUGAGAACAAAUUUUACUAAUAUAAUAAUAUCUAUGUCGCAAAGUUGAAAGCAUAAUUUAAUGUCGAGCCUCACCAGUUCACCACUUAUUAUUUUUAUACUGUUACUGUCUGAAUCAAAUAUGCAGGCGAUAGAAUAAAUGUUACGUGGAUUUUGACCAAGUCAAAAAACGAACAUUAAGAAUUUAUUUGAUGACUAUAAUAACGAGUGUAUCCUAAGCUUUUCUUAUCUAUGGUAAUAAUAAUAGAACUGGUUGAUUAAAGCCAUUUUAUGAUAUUACUGAAACAGUAUUAAUUUAAUACAAUAUCACAAAUUGUUCACUAUGUUGCGAGGCUGCACAUUCCGCAGAAGACGUAUUAAAUCAGUUGAUGUUAUUUUACAUUUGUAUGUGAUUGUACUCUUUUAAUAAAGUGAUAUAUUUUUAUUGAA